UCUUUUUGAGCAGGUGAUAGCUCAAGAGGUGCUCCAUAAGCUGCAGUCAUGAGAAUUACUGCUGCAAUACAGCCGAAGGUCUUGGAGAACUUAGAAAAAAAAGAAAGCCUGACCAUUCUGUCAGAACUUUUCAGAUUGUGGUCCAACAGGAGAAAACAACGGAUCUUGUUUUGGCCAUUUUUAUUGGAUGUACCAGGUGAGGAAGAGAUGGCUUGGAAUGUAUUGAUGAGGGACAGUGUCACAUCUCAUGGUUCUGGGGCACCUCUGGCACAGCAAAAAGUAGUGAGGACAGAGGAGCAGUGUGACACUGCACCGGAGGAUGCCGUCUGCCUCCCUUUGGAGUGACUCCAAGUCCUUGCUUGCACACCAACUCCUCAGCUUGUCCUGAGCACUGCCACUGUGUGUUCUGUAGACCAGUGGAUCAGCCACCAGAUGUGCUGUACUUCAGCUCCUGAAGCAGAGGAGAGAGAGGCUUUGGCAUCACACUGCAUAGCUGAAGGGAAGGCUGAGGCAGAAGCCACCUCUGCAGUUCUCAGGAUGUAGGAAUGCAGGUGCUAUCUUCAGCGGCAAAACCAUUUAAAGAAAUUUCUACCUCAGGUCACUGCUACUCUGUGUCACAGUUUGUCACAAUCUGAGGAGCCUCAGUUACAGGGCCUUGGGUCAUUAUGGUGAAAUCCCUGUUGCAAAGGCCUUGAAAGCUUGUUUGUUCAGCUUUGUUUUGAUUGCAAUCAUUUCACUGUCAACCCUAUUUUCUCCUUAGCACACCUGACAAAUUUGCAAAUAGAAAUGAGUUGCCAGAAUUCCAAAACUCCCCUUCUGCUGACUUUACUGUAGAACACAACUGUGAUCUCCUAUGUAACGAGUGCCUCCUUGGCAUGCCAGGCUGAGGGGUCCAGUGGCUCCCACUCAGCAGCAUUGUUCCAGGAAGAGCAAUUUGGUGCCAGUGCAGACAGCAUUUCAAGAUUCUGGCAGUGAUUCCAUCAUUUUAUGGAAGGAUGUUUAGGAGAAUCUUAACUGUGUACCCUUGUCUACAUUUAAGACUCUUGAAGGGAACAAAAUAGUGCCUGGGUUAUAUACAGUGAGUAACCAGUAUUCCAGAAAAUGGAGGACAAAGAAGAAGGACACAAGUAAAACCAGACCUUUAGCAUAAAAAGCUUGAAGUUGGUUCUUGUCCUUCCUACCUGAUGCAGGAGGGUGAAGUGAUAUAAAAAAGGAGAGGAAAGGAAGCCAGUAGAGUGUACAGCAAUGCAGGAUAAAACUGAGUUGCCUCUUAAAAAUGAAAAGAGCUGGCACACAAGAAAGCUGCCUUUAAUCCCUGACCCCUGAGAGCUUCAAGGUGCAUGACAGAGCUUCCCUCAGGGGGAUCCACACCAGGCCAGGUGUCACCCAAACCCUCCAGGCUUUUUUCAAAAUUUUUGCAAGGAAGAUUGUGAAGUAAGCAAGCUUUGCUACCCAGGUGAGAGCAAUGGAGCAGAGAAGUGGCACAAGCCUCCUCCUGAGCCCCCCCCUGCUUGGCUGCCAGCCCCAGCUCCUGCAGUAUCUGCCUAGAAUGAACACUCAGAGUGAAAACCAGGCUUUGCUGAUGGUGCAGAAGGAUUUCAGCUGGGUGCACACAAGGAAUGUCUGAAUUGCAGCCACCUGAGGGGAAUCUGCAGAUGCCAGAUGCUGCCCACCGCCCAUGGCUUUCAGGGAUGUGAAUGCCAGGAGACACAUUGGACUCCAGCAACUCUCAUCCUUAGCAUCCACUGGGAGAACAUUUCUGGGACCAAUGAAAUCACAUAAAUUCAUUGUGGAUGAAAGCACCAACCAGAGCAGAUUGAUUUUUUCUGCUGUUAGGCUGAUUGAGAGUUUGGAUUUGACGAGUGCUGUUGGACAGCUUCUUCAUGAAACCAUUCAGGCUCAGAACAAGGAGUUUAAGACUGGGAUGAGCACCCUGUUGUUCCUGGUAGGGGCAUGGAGCAAUGCUGUGGUGGAGUGCCUCCAGCAGAAUGUUCCUGUUCCAGCAAUAGUGUCUGUGAUGUCUGAGGGGUUGAACUCUUGCUGUGAGAGAGUCCAGUGUCUUCAGAUACCAAUACAUGAUGUAAAGAAAGAGCUUUGUUCUAGCAGAGUUAGGCCAAAGGCUUUUGAAAGCAGAACUGGCCAAGUUGGACGUGAUAGUCUCACACAUCCUUGGAAUUUGCUGUGUUUUCAGAGAGAUAUUUCUGCAACAGAAGUAAUUCCAAUAAAUUCUUGUUCCCAUCAAGGGGAUGAUUGUAAUUUUAACAAAUGCCUGGUUUCACCCUUGGCUGGCUUUGGUUCAGCAGCUUCUGUUGUCAAAGCAGUGAGUGACAAAAGUUCAUCUGCUCUGUCUGGAAGUGGUGUUACUGCAUCCAGCUGUAUCACACGGAAGCUAACCCACAGCAGACACUUCAGCGCUCUAGGGAAAAGCCAUUUCUCAAGUCAGCAGGAUAAUUUUCAGGGAUACCUUUCAGGACCACGAGCAGAUCCGUGUGGAUGUCGCGGUUUGGGACACCUGGCAAUGGCUCUGAGCCAUGGAAACCAGAGCAGCGUGAAACUGCUACAAAGCAUUGCUGCUUAUCAGCAAGAGAGAGCAGAGUGCAGCGGCUCUUCCCAGAUUAAUAUUGCAGAGAUUGUGACGUGCUGUGUGCUGGGCCUGCCUGAGAGCUAUUCCUGUGUCUCCCCAGGCUUUGUCACAUUAGUGUCACCAGAGCAAGCCACAGUCAUCAAACACCUUGCAGACAAGCCCCUCCGGAUUCUGCUGAUGGAUGGUGACCUCACGGAGCAGUACCGACACUUAGGUUUUAACAGACCACGCAAUGUAAGGACCGUAUUGGAGCAUCCCAACCCACAGGGAGGCAGGGCGGGAGACUUGUGGCUAAGCAGAAUGUCGGAUAUUCUGAUGAGCUUUGAAGUAAACCUGGUUUUGGUCAAAGGAAGCGUGUGCAAGAAUUUCAUGGAAAGGUGCAUCGCCAGCAGGAUACUGGUAAUCGGCUGCGUGUCCCGGGAUGUGCUGUGUGCCUUUGGGGCGGCCACUGGUGCCCAGGCAGUGACGUACCUGAGCCAGCUGAACGCUUCCCGUAUCGGGAAUGGGGCCUGGGUGGAGCUGUGGGCGGCCAGCGAUGGGCGUGCGGUGGAUCUGGGCGAGCUGGUGCCGGCGCGGAUCAGCGCGGGAGGCAUCGCCCUGCUCACGGCCGUGCUCACCACUGCCCUGCCUUCCAAGGCACAGCUCCUCGAAGAUCAGUUCUGGACUUUGCUGUAUCGACUCCAUCACGCUCUAAAGGACGGGAGGGUUUUCCCUGGGGGCGGUGCGGUGGAGCUCCUGUGCCUCAGUCACAUCCAGGCGCUCGAAGGGCAGCCCGGGCGACCGGGAAACGACAGAGUUGUGACAGAGUUUCCCAGUCCCUGGCUGGCAGAGUACAAAUCCGUUGUGCUCCAGGCACUGGCAAGUGGCUGGAAGCGGUACCUCGCCGUGGUCCUGUGUAAUACUGCAAAGGCCAGCUCGGAGCUGGAAGCAGGUGCCUUAGUAGAUCACCACCUCCAGAAAGCAGCGGCCUGUGGCUCUUCCUCAGCUUAUAUUUUAGAAGAGUUUAGGAGAGGUGGAGUGCUCAGGGGUGGCUGUGAUCCCUUCCCUGACCAGUUCACAGAUUUAAAGGUUUGUGAUAACGUUGCAGCCAAGACAGAGGCGUGGAGGAGAGCUCUGGACCUGGUGCUGCUGGUGCUUCAGACUGAUGCCGAAAUUAUCACAGGCCCUAGAAGGAAUCAGAUCCUGAACUCGUCUGUGUCGAACAAAUUUAUGUUUUUAUAGGAUUUUCAGGAUUUGUAAGUCCAUGAGUGAGUGGGAGAAGCCCGGAUGCAGCCUAAUGAUUUUAUAAAGCAAACAGGGAGAUGAGAUUGUGACUUUAGAAUGUAACAGCAGAAGUCAAAAUGAGAGACAGUCACAAGAGGAGAGAGUUGGAGAGGGCAAUCGAAUCUAGGAGAAAAGUUAUGGAGUGACAAGAGAUUUUCAGCUCUGCUUACAAGGAUGAGGUGACUGGCAGGCCUGAGUCAUCCCAUCAGUCACACUGCCAGAAAAAAAUCCUUCUGAAGAAUGGGAGGAACUGACCUUCUUCCAUGCAGAGCAGGUUGGCCUCCCAUAACCAACUCAGGCAGGACAUCUACAGGAGCUGAACCAACAUCACCAGAUAAUGUUGCUCCAAGACCUAGUGUCCACAGGGAUGCUUCCAGCCUGGGUGACAGAGGAGGGAGAACAGCUCAGCUGCAUGCACAAACCAACCAGAGACUGGGUUUGAUGCUGAAUAGUGGGAGGGAGAAAAGAACACACCUCUCUGUUUUGGCUUCCUACCUGUUUAUUCUGCUCAUAAUACCCAUUCCUGUAGAUUUUUGGAAGGCACCCACACUGGUGCUUCUGCUGAUUUUGAUGCUGGUUUGCUGUGACUACUGGGAUUCAGCUUGUUGCAUUGUGUCCCUGAAAACUCUGUAGGGACAAGGGCAGUUUGGGGCAGAGAUGCAGAAUGGGAGGAGAGAGUAGCUCCCCAAUUUCUCCUUCCACAUCAGGCCCUGGGUGACCCCUGGGGAGUGGCUUCAUGUCACAUUUGUUCCAACCCCGAGUUCCGCAGCACCAUUCCCAGCAGCCAUGUGUUCCCAUGCUGAGACGUGUUUGGGAGGAGUCUUUCUCAGAGGGUGGAAAGAAAGGCUGGGCCAUGAUCAUGCACAGAUGGUGAAAGAGCUCAUGACAAGGGGGAGAAACCAAGGGCUGUAUUUGGUUUCCCUGCCUAGCAGAGAUUCAAAACAAAAAAGUGUUUAGUUCAAAAGGAAUUCUUUCCUUGGGGACCAAGUGCUACUCCAAACAAUAGGAUUAUUUUUCCAUUAUUGCAGGAGUAGUAAAGAUAGCAUGCAGUUUUUAUUUAGAAGUAAUGGGAAGAUUCUCCCCGACUGUGUUUUAUUCCAGCUGAAGUAGAAUGGGGUUUAGUGCUAUCCAAAACUUUCGUCCACUGCGUUGUGAGACCAAAUAUUUAACCAGCAUUGCAGAUUUGGAGAGAUGACUAAAAAUAACAUAGUUGGUGAACUUACUUAUUUCCAAGGUGUAAUUUGAGUCACUGCUUUCACUGACUACACUUCAAAACAAAACAAAACAAAACCAAACAACAAACACUUCCUAUUUGUCAGGACUGGAGAGCCAGAAUAACCCCAGAGGAAUUGUAUAAAAUAACUUUUAUUUAUAUAUGUACAUAUAUUCACACAUUCUGAAGCAGAACAGUUUCUCAAUCAGCAACAUUAAUCUACAGUGUAGUCAUACAACUCUGAACUAAUUCACCUCCUGUUAAUAUCACAGAAGAUCAUCUAAAUACCUCUUUUUUUAGAAUACCUAUCUAUUAUCAGUAUUUUUUUAAUUUUUUUUUUCAAAAGAGCCUUAUAGAAAAAGGAUCCCUCCGGUAAACUGAAAGGAAUUGUGUCUUUUUGAGGUGUUAAUUCCUAUAUUCCAUCUGCUGCUCCCUGCAUUUGCAGUUCUGCCUGUGAGUCACAGCUUCAGGAUAUGCCUGUACCAGUUCUAGGGGAAGUGAGCACAAUUCCAUGUGUGUAAUUCCAUAUCAGUAUGGAAUCAAAUCAGUCUUUGAUUCCCUACAUUGAUGAAAAUUAACUGGUACACCUGCAGCAAUACAGGUAUGUUGAUUAGAUCAGGUUAAUUAGCUGGCAAAACCCUGCUAUUACAACAUUAUUCCAUCUCCCUGAGUAUUCCAUACUCAAGGUAAGGGGCAGUCAUUGUGCAGUACCUCUCACUGCCCUUCAUCUCUUGGUUUAUGUGAGCACUGUUUAAGUAACCACCCCAACCAUCCCACCCAAAUUCUGCUGCAAGGGUGCUUGCUUUCUGGAGCUGUUCAGCUGGGACAGUGUUGCUGAUGGCUGCCAGAAGCCAGGAAACUCGCAUGUCAUUGGCAGUAAGAGAGCUUUACUGGAACUGAAGCCCAAAUCUCUCAUUGUUUAUCUGAAGUACCAGGCAGUUAACUUGAAAAAUGGUCAUUUAUUGUGACCCUGGCUGUGCAAUUAUUCAGGCUUGUAAUUGACAUCUCAAAAACAAGAGCAGUGCUGUAAAGAAGCACUGAGAAUUGCCAAAUGACAGAGCAGUAAUUGCCAUACACGGAGUUACUGUGGCUAAUUUGGGAACUGCUCUCACAUCUCAGCUCCAGUGCUGGAUACUCAGGACUGUUUCCCAGCAGAGCUUGAGGAGGACCUCCGGCCUCCCAGAUUCCUCCCACAGCCAUUCAUAAGGCCAGUGAAUCUGUGGAAGAAGAGAGAAUUUUCGAAGCCAGGAGAAGCUGGAGGAAAUCCAGUGUCUCUUACUUGUUCACGUCUCAUUAUUAAACAGAGUUCUUAUUAUUAAAGUGCUGAAGAAAGGCCUUCCAAAAAUGCAGGAGCUAAUUUAAAAGACUUUUGUCUGUGCCAGGAGGCCCUGCUUGAAUUAACUGUGUUUGCUUACCUUGGGUGGGAAUUCCCAGAUGCUUUUGCUGAUGUGCAUGUGUGACAAGAUGUAAUUUCCCCAAUAUGUUAUUCUCAGGAGACUGGAGGGGAAGGGGAAAUCACACUUUGGUCCUGAGUUAAUACAGGGACCAAUCCCUUUCUCAUUAAAAACAUCAGUGAAGUUUCCAUGGCUUUGGGGAGUUGGUUCCUGAGAAACCAAAUUUUGCAAAACCAUGAUUGUCCUUCUUCCCUCUUCUAAAUACUGGCAAAGGGUGACUUUUGGAUAUUUCCUAGUGGCAAGAAAUGUAAAAUUGAAGAUUGCAAAUGAUGAGGAGUGCAACCUUCAUUAAAAGCCACUCUCUCUCAGAUGAACCUCUAAUAAGCUCUGGUAGCAAUAACCAUUGGUCAAGGAUGACAUGGGAAACAUUUCCUUCAGAGAUGCAAUAGGUUGAGCCAUGCUAUCCACUAAAGACUUUAAAGAAUUUAAAUUAUAUUAAAUUAAAUAAAAGAAUAUUAAAGAAUUUAAUAAAUUGGAGGUUUAGAAGCCCAGCAUCCCUAGGUUAAGGGAUGCCUCCUGCAGGGAGUGUCACUUGGGAAGAACAGUCAGCUUUGGAAACAGACAUAUCCAGGUCUGUCAAUCCAUUUCUUAUCUUAAAACUACAAACUCUGUAGAGAAGAAACUCUUUACUCUGUUCAUAUGGUGCAUAACAAAACGAGGCAUUGGAUAAUCACCAGGAGUCAGAAUUGUUUUAGGAAUGAAUAAAUGUUUGGUGUCAUCAAAGAUGUGGUUUCUUCACCUCAAAAGCAAUUUUCUUGAUUUGCAAAGUUGAUGAAGCUGAUGGAAUUUCUCUAAAAGCCUUCUCACUUGGCCAUACACAAUUCCCACAAGUCUGAACUUCGUAAGGAUAAUAUCAGUAGCUCUUGGAGAGUAAACUUUGUAAUAGUAAAUAGUAAACUUUGACAAUAACACAGUAGCUCUUUUUUGGAAUGUAGGGUGAAGAUUAAACCACAGCAGUUAUUAUGUGCCAAGCAGAGCUCUGAAUGGUCCUACAACACACAGUGCAAACUCAGUGGAGCAGAACAGUUCCUCUACAUCCGAGCUGGCGUGCUGGCAGGAUGGAAGGAAUGUUGUCUUCUCAAAUGCCUGGGAAAUGAAGUGAGACCACAGUGUGAGGGGCUGGAGUUUCACUAAUUCUUUUUAAUAUCUCUUUGAAAGAAUUACCUGUAAUAUGCAGUGGCUUUGUUUGCAUGCCAUCUCUUUAUUUAUGGCUUUAAUAUUAAUCUCCAGGGUUGAGUCUCUGUUUGUCUUGGUCGGACAAAAGUGUUGGAAGUUGCCCCUUGUCACGUUUCCUGUAUUGCUGAUGCAGUGCAGGGUCAGGUAGAUUUGUAGCAAUGGUUUUAAUGUUGCAAGCAAAAAAUGAACCCAAUUUAUUGCUGCAGGUUUGAGGAAAAUCCUUCCUUCUCCUCUUUGGUUUAGUUGGGGUUGUUUUGGUUGUGGUUUAUUUUUUUAAGUGGAAACUUAAAAUGCUUUUUUAGAAUUGUGCUUUCAUCUGUGUCUGCCUCUUCCCCUGCUCUGUUUGCUCUUGAGUCCCCAAAAUUAGCAAGAGUAAUGUUCUAGUUUGCAGUGCAGUAGGAAAGAAUAACUUGACUUUCUAAAAUGUAAUAAACAGUGCAAGACCUGGAACACGUACAAAACCUUCAGACAAGGUGAAAGCCCCCAGAAGAAUACUUCUAUUCAAAAUGUCUGGGGAUGUCUGCAAGUACUGCCAGCAGCUUAAGUCUUGUCCUUUUCCUUUCCAAACAUGCGUAUUAGGUUUUCCUUUAAAAAUACAUACUGUAUCCCUGAACUCUUCCACCCUCCCAGUCAAAGAAGGUAGUAUUUCCUUUAGACCAGUUGAUUCACGCAUAAAAUAAAAGCUGUGAGACAUUA